AUGGUGUCUGCAGAAAAUAGUUCUCUUGAAUAUUUACGUAGUUUAGUUAACUAUGAUUUAAACUCAAUUUUAUAUGAUGACACAUUAAUUUGUUCAUUAACAAAUAAUACAGAUGUUGGAUCACUUGAAGUUAAAUUAACAAAAACAAAUUAUGGUAAUCUUCAUGAUUGUAUUCAAGUUAUUGCUAAUAGUCAAGCAACUAUUGAUGAUGUUCCUUGUGGAACAACAGUACGAGCAGUUGUGACGAAAGAACUUGUUACUGUACAACAAGAGCAUACAGAAUAUGUCAAAUUGCCAAGUCCUAUUACACGAAUCGUUGAUUUUAUUUCAGAGUCAACAGAUUAUGUUAUUACAAUAACUAAUGAAGAAGGAAAAAAAAAAACAACAGAAACAAAACGUAUUCCAAAAAAUCAAGCGCAUGGACUUAUUUUAGAAGGUAAAAAAAUAUUAAUUUUUUUUACUUGGCUUCAUAUGAUUAUGUAUUAUACACUAGGCGCUAAUCUUAUACUUCAACGUUUAAUGAUUCAACGUAAUAUGCCAGAAAAAGUCACAUUACUUUCACUUGAUUCAUCAUCUGAAUUAAGUCGUAAUGUUUAUACAUCACUCGGUCCACAACAAGUUAAUAUCAAUGGAAAAGAUGUUGAAGCAUGGGGUAUACAAAGACAAAUAUUUGAAACAAAACCAAAUGCAUUACCAGUUGCAUGGCAAAGUUAUUUUAGUACUGAUGGACAUCUCAUCUCUCGAUAUCAAGUUGGUUCACCGAUUAAAAUGAAAACAAGAACAUUACCGACAGCAGAAGAAUUCGAUGAAUAUUUACCUAAACCAGAAAUUCCUAAAAAACAAAUUAAAUGGGAAGAUGAUUUAGAACUACGGUCGAGAUUUAUCGAUCGACGUGAAGAAUUAAUCGAUGAUUACAAGUCUUAUAUUUAUCAUCAUCCGGAUAUAAAUGCACUUUUAUCCGAUUUUCUUCAAUCAGUUUUAGUUAUGAAACCUGAAAAUAUAAUCGAAUAUGCAACCGAAUUUUUCGCUCCGUUUAAUAAUCAAACAGCUGAUCGUUCGUUAUUUCGUUUUGCUGAUGAAAAAAUUCCUGUGCCAAAAUCAAAUAUAUCUUUAAAAUAA